AUGUCUCAACCUCAAAUUGCGCCAAUGAACGUCUCAUCAUACCAAUCGCCCUCAGAACUUGCUGCCCAAGUGGCAUCUCUUCCUCCACCACGGCAACUCCUCCUCUUUGGAGACUCUAUCACACAGGGCGCCUCCUCACUGCAGAGCGAGCUGUCGAAACGGUACGUUCGCCGGCUCGAUGUACUAAACCGGGGUUUUGGUGGGUACAACACAAACUCAGCUUUGACUGUCCUACCGUCGUUCUUCCCAGCAGUGGCACCUUCGAGGACUGUUCCUCGUGUCGCUGCUAUGACGGUUCAUUUUGGUGCCAACGACUCUUGUAGUCCAGGCGAGCCUCAGCACUGCGACCUCGACAGGUUCAAAACAAACGUCAGACGUAUUUUGAACUGGGAGGGUGUUAGGCUUCACAAGACGAAAGUACUCCUUGUGACGCCCUCUCCCGUGGAAGAGUAUCGGCUGCCACAUGACGGAAAGGGCAGGGCAGACCGAGUGGCGAUGUAUGCAGACGCGAUCCGGGAUAUUGGGAAGCAGGAAAAUGUACCCGUCGUUGACCUUUGGACGGCAAUGAUGCGCACCGCUAAUUGGAAAGGUGAUGCUGUUGACGGCAUAUUGCCUGGGUCUUCAAGGACAGUCCCCAGCAUGGAACUUGGGCGACUCUUCUACGAUGGACUUCACUUGAACCAGGAAGGGUAUGGAAUCUACACGGAAGAGCUUUUACGUGUUCUUGAAGCGGAAGUUCCCGAAUGUCGGAUAGAAGGCACUGACGAGUGGUAUCCCGAGUGGAUUAGGUUUCAUCCACCUGCAGCAUCGAGGGUAGUCGAGGACGACUCCUGA